UUGAUACCUUUUUCACACAUUCUUGCUGACAAGGAACUGAAGUUCCACAUGAGUAACUGUGAGAAUAAGGUCCGGUUUUUGUCUCGUUGCCUCUAAAGACAAGAAGGUCUCCUUAGGAGAAGAUGGAGCUGGACAACAUUUAUAGCAAUCUGGAAAACUCAUAUCAUGAUCAACGGAAACAAAGCGUGAAACAGCAAAAUCUAAAGCCAGAACAUGGAGUUCAAUCAACAGAGCCUGUCCGAGGAACAUGGUCACAUCUGGUCGUCUACAUUCUCCUGGCUCUCUCCAUCCUACUGUCCCUGACAACGCUUACUGUUGCAAUGAUACUGUUUACAGAGCUGUUCAGUCACAUGAAAAUGGUAGAAACUGACUUCGAGGUGGAUCUUGCAGAAUUAAAAAGUAACGUUACAGAGCUGUUCAGUCACAUGAAAAUGGUAGAUACUGACUUCAAGAUGGAUCUUGCCCAAUUGCAAACUAGCGGAUUAUCUGAGAAGACAAGCAGUUCACUCAUUGAGCUUAGGAAUGACAUUUCUCAGCUGAAGAAGAAACUGCUUCUGAAAUGCCCUGAACACUGGAGGCAAUUCCAGCAAAAGUGUUAUUACUUUUCAUCAGACAGCAAGAGUUGGACAGAGGCCCAGAGAUCCUGUGCAUCAAUGGAUGCCAAUCUUCUUGUCAUUAACAAGCCUGAGGAGCAGGAAUUUGUGAAACAAUGGAUUGCAAGCAAUGAUCACUGGAUUGGGCUCACUGAUUCUGUCUCUGAAGCUGAUUGGCGCUGGGUAGAUGGAACAGACUAUACUUCCUCUGUAAAGUAUUGGGGGAGUGACCAGCCCAAUGGUAAAGACCAACAAGGAGAAAAUGAAAACUGUGCUGUGACUUCGAAAAAUGCAGGAUGGCACGAUUGGCCCUGCAGUUCACUUCACUACUCGAUCUGUGAAAAAUCAGCACAGUGUUGCUUUCUUUAAUAUUACAGAAAAUGAGCGUUGAACCUCUUUAAGUCUAUAAAUCAGUCCAUGUACAUUAUCGAGGUGCCCAGAAGCUGCGAUUGGAGCUGUGCGUGUGUGUAACUGGGGAUGUCUCCUCACCCUCCUCCUCCUGCUUGGGUCUCAAACUGCCCUAAAGUCCACCGAGCAUGCUCAGACUUGUUCCUCUGGUUUCACUUUUCCUCCCAAAUCAGAAGCACAGAACUGGGAAAUUCCAUCAUUCCACAAACUUGACCAUUGACAUAGAAACUGAAUUAGACUAGUCAUAUAAAUACUGUGGCAGUAACAAUAGGUCAGUGACUAGGAAUGUUGCAGAGAGCAGCUUGCCUCCAGACUCCUCAAAGCCUGUCCACCAUCUACAAAGCACAAGUCAGGAGUGUGACAGAAUAAUCCCCACUUCCCGGAAUGGAAGCAGCUCCAACAACACUCAAGAAGCUUGACAUUAUCCAGGCCAAAGCCUGAUUGACACCAAACCCAACAUCGACAACAUUCACAACCUUCACCAUUGGCACACAUUGGCAGCUGUAUGUCCCAUCUACACAAUGCACUGCAGAAAUUUACCAAAGCUCCUCUUAUUGCACCUUCCAAACCAAUGUCCUCCAUUAUCGAGAAGAACAAGUGUAUCGAAUACAUGGAAACACCACCAACAGCAAGUGCCCCUCCAAGCCACUCCCUCUCUGGACUUGGAAAUAUAGCACUGAUCCUUCAAUGUUAUAGAUUCAUAGAGACCUACAGCACAGAGAAAUGCCCCAAGAUUCCGUGUCAGGAAAAUUGGUUGGGCCUUUAAGAUAAAUAUCAGGAUAAUGUUGUUCAUUUAGAGCUUUGUGAAUUCUGUGCUGCAGGGUGGGGUUAGUUUAUUUUGUUGAAAAUUUUCAAGGCAGAUAUUUCAUUGGCAGACAUUCUGGAGAUCAAGCGUUAUGGGAGAAAAAAUGCUUUGGGUGUAGAAGUUCAUCCAUUGGUAAUUAAAAUGUUGGAGGAUUAAGAGGCUUAAUAGUGUAUUCUUCCUCCAAUAUCUUAUGUUCUGACUUUAGACUGUUCAUUUACGGGUUGGGUGGUAAUCAAAGGAUAUAACUUGAAAGUCAUUGGUAAAGAAGCCAGUGACGAGAGGAUGAAAGCUCCUUUCUUACUCAUCAGUUUGUUGUUAAUGUGAAUGUGUGCAAGGGCUGUGCGAGCAAAAAUUAAGUUUAAAAGUGCCACUUUCUAGCCAGAGAGGGAAAGGCAUGGAGGGAAGAGUGGGUCAAACUGGAAAGUUCUUUCAGGGUUUCAUCACAAAGGAGCCGUGAAGAUUGAUAGCACAGAAGAAAGCCCUUCAACCCAUUGAGCCUGCGCAAGUAAAUUUCUCUGUUGCCUUGUAGGCAUUGGCAAGAGGAUGCAAAUCCUGGAAUUUCCUCCCAAGGGCACUGUGGAUAUCGUCACAACACAUGGAUAAAAGACAGCAUUUCCUUCUGAAAUUUGGGAUGGGCAAUAAAUGCUGAUCCCGCCAUUUAUGAUCACAUCCUGUGAGAGAAUUUAAGAAAAAUAGGAGAGUGCCUGUCAAGUAGCAUGUUUUGUUCCAAGAGUGUGGGUGUGGGCACAUGUUGGGGUGUGUGGGUGAGCUGGGUGCUGGCGUUGCUCAUGACAUUGGUGUCAUAAGUUGUCAGUUGGGCAGAGAUUUUGGUAAAAUGCUGGCCUUAGUGCCUUAGCACUCAGUUGAAGAUUUACAAAAGGCACAAAAUGAAGAAAGACCCCCUGGUCCUCGUGCUUAUGUACACUCAACACCUACACAGUCCCCACAUGCCAACAUCAGGUCCUCAACUCAUUCCAGCAUAAUCUCCCAUCAUCUCCAUCUCACUCUGUUACCCUUUAAUCUUCUCCACUGCCCCAAUAACCACUAUGCCAACUUAAUGUCAACUCCUCAAACCCAUAUGCCCCUCGCCAAAACCGUUUCUCCUCCAUGCUGCCACAUUCAGUUGUGAUAAAACUAUGGCUUUAAGAGGUGUAUUUUGUCCUGGGUUUGUUUCUUUUUUUAUGAAGAGAGCUUGAGACAGUGGUAUUGAGUGGUCUGUUCCAAGCCAAUGCAUAAAACAGCUUGUGAGGCUUUUUUUAAAAGCACUGUUGGAACAACAGAUGCAGCAUGAAUGGGUGGAGUCAGGCUUUUACAGAACCCGAGUUUGAGUUGAGCUUUCAGCUAUUGUUGGGGCUUUGAAGUUGGUUGUGGAAGCAGCUACAUCUCUAUCUGCUGUCAGAAUCACACGUGACACAAUGUGUUUUACUGAAUUUGCUUUUGUCAAAGGUGUGUUUAUGGGAUGUUAGUCUGUUGGAACAGAUACUGUUUAGAAGCUAAAUAAUCUAUUAUUCUGAGAAGUUUUCCAAGAGAGUUAAAGUUACAACAAUUCUUCUUUCUUUCGUUUGAUUUUUUAAGUGCAGAUUAAGAACAAAGUAUGCUUUUCUUAAAGAUAAUUAGUAUAACCAAUCAAGUUCUAUCUCGAAAACAGCACCCUAAUUUUUAUUAAGAUAGAAGUUCGGGUUUAGGCUAUCUCCUUCAUACAUUUGAAGGGGUUUUGAACUGCUCCAUAACACUGCAAACUGAAUGAGUAGAAUCUUUCCCCUUCCAGGAUAGAGCAGAGUUGAAGUGAAAUAUGUGGAAGAAACUCAAGUGAAUGGCACCCUGCACACCCAACUUGAUCAACUUGUGAUCACCUCCACUGGCUUCACUCUACCAAGAGGACAUGACACAGACAGUGUUCUCAUUGAAAGGAAUCUCAGUGACCUCAGUGCUUGGAAACAGCGUGAUGUUGCUCAGGUCACGAGCAGCAGCUGAGAACGAGCAAGGCACACUCCAGCUGAUCACCACACUCACUCUCACAGCCAUUGACGAUGGUAUCCUGGCCCUGCCCUAAAGUUGUGCUGGCAGCAGUUGACAGAUUUCAGUCAAGCACAGAAGUCACAAACAUUGAUUUUUUGCUCAGGUUUGGGUGGGAGAAUGGCUGUCUGAGCACCCUGAGGCGAUAAGUUUGAGUUCACCCAGAUUAAAUUCAAGAGCGAGAGGCUCAUGGGUCAUCACUGCUCCAGAACAUGAACAGAAAACCAGGCUGAUCCAGGAUCUGUAGCACUGAGGCAGUUCUGCUCUGAAAGAGGUGCCAUCUUUAGGAUGAGUCAUUAACCAGAUCCUCUUCUGAUCUGUGAAGUGGAUGUGAAAGAUGUCACCGUGCUAUGGGCAGGGGAGCUAGGGAUCUCUCAUCAAGGAUUUAGCCAUUAUUUAAACUCUGGGGCAAUACCCUUAAAAGCAAACCAUUUGGUCUUUUUUACACUCGUUUGCAUAACAUUGUAUUCAUUCUAUGAUAGCAAAGCCAAGGACACUACAUUUUAUAAACAAUUCUCUUCACCUGUCCUGCCACCUUCAGUCAUCUGUGCACAUCGACACCCAGGCUCCUCAGGUCUUCUACGCUGAGCAAGGAGUACUCUCUACCUGCCUGGAUAGUUUUUACACCAAAACCCUUCCAAACCGGCUACCUCUUCCACCCAAAACGACAAAGACAGCAAAUAUUUGGGAACACCUUCAUUGACAAGUUCCCCUCUAAUUCACUCAUCAUUCUGACUCUUCGUUUUCACCAAUGGGACAAAAUCCUGAAUUUUUCCUACGGCAACACAGUGGGUGUCCCCAAAUCAGAUGACUGCAGGCAUUCACGAGGAAGGUUAUUUCUACCUCCUCAAAGGCGAUUGGCGAUGGCUAACAAACAAUUGUCUUGCCCGAAAAACCAGUGAGAGAGUAAUUUUGAUACAUAUGACCACUGACAAAAAUUUGUAGGUGUGGUGUGACAUUUUUAUAGGCAUUUUCCAUUCUAAAUGUGGACAGAGAAAUUUACAAUUGGAAAUUUAUAAAAAGAAACCAAGUACAUAAUUUUCUUAAAUACAAACUAAGUCCUGGCCCAAUCUCCGUGAAAUAAUAGUUGAGUUCAAGUCUUUUGUGUGUGAUCCCACACAGUCAGUUCAUUUUAAAAUAUUAGGAUGAUGAUAGGUAUUUGCUUUGACUAUUCAUUUUAUGACAGAGCUUUAUGAGCAACAACACAGAUGAGGAUAACUGGUUCGGACCCCAUGCCCUUGAUGCAAAAAGACAAUGAACGCGGGUUGACAGGGAAAGCAUAAAAACCAGAACAACCUGAGUUAAAAACUGCUGCGUGGUCACUCUUUAUUCCAACUCUUUGGCCUUGCUACCUAUAGCAGUAUGAAUAAAAGGAGUAGCCUCUGUUGCAAGGCUGAUUUAACAAUGACCUCGGGAGAUAAUUACUCCGAGUCAGUUUUGCAAUUUCUUCUUUGGGGACGGGAUAUGGUCACAAGUCAUCACUGUGUCUCUGAACAAGAUAGUGACAAAGAAAUGUAGAGAUAACAAGGUGUAGUGCUGGAUGAACACAGCAUGCCAAGCAGCAUCAAAGGAAAUCUGAUGUUUCGGGUCUGGACUUUUCCUGCUCUUCUGACGCUGCUUGGCCUGUUGUGUUCAUCCAGCUCUACACCUUCUUAGCUCAGAUUCCCCAGCAUCAGCAGUUGCUACUAUCUCUGAACAAAGAAAUGUAGACCAUUUUCCUGUUCUAACCGCUUAGUGACGAUCUCUUGCUGGGAGGGGUGGGUGCCUGACCUGCUUGUGAAGCCACAAACACUUACUUUUUAAGUUUGUACAUGAUCUCGUGAGUGUGGAAACCAACAGCAAUGACUCACAGAACUUUAUUCAGGCAAAAACCAGUUCCUGCAGGCAAGUCACUGAGAAAGUCAGAACAGAAUGUGCAAACUGAGAUAGAGCUGGGAUAAUUAAUCACCAACAGGGGACACAGGACAUCCUGCCCGUUCCAGUGUUUUGAAAGGUUAUUCAGUCAAGACCCACUCUCCUGCAAAGUCUCUCCUUUUAUCUACUGGGGAACACUUACUUCAGGAAAGGAGAGAUACAGAUGUUUUUCAGAUUUCUUGGGGUAAAAAGUACAGUGCAAUGUAACCUGAUUACAUAUUGCUGCAACAAGGGUUAGCACAUGUGAUUUUUCCAAAGUCAGGAUCCAGCACAAGCAGAUUAUUAUUCAAAGCUUGUAAAUACUCUCCUGACGUUACCCUGUUCCAAAAACAUGAACUGAAUCAAACUGGAUAAUGGCUGGUAUCUUAAGCAAAUCCAAUUGAAUCCUGUUCAUUCAAUGUAAAAAAGGCAUGGUUUGGGACAAGAACAUACUGUCCAGAUGGAGAGGGCCCUCACCAUGCAGAAUUAAUGCUCCCUGUGCUGUGAAAGUCCCUGGGAUCCCCCCAUGCUAACAGUGCAGUAGCAAUAAUGGUGAUUAAGUUGGAGGUUGCCAAGGAGACCAGGACUUGUUAUGUACAGAUGUCUCAGAGGGUUGUGAGACUGAGGGAGUUUACAAAGAUAGACAGGACAGAACCAUGAAUGGAUUUGUAAACCAGUAAAAACUAUUUUAAAUUCAAAGAAUUACUUGCCCAGGAUGCAUUGCAAGUCAUUGAACACAAGGGUGGUGGGUGAUUAGAAUCUGGUGCCAAUUAGGAAAUAGGGAGCAAAUGGUUGAAUGACUGAAGUUGACAGAGGCCAGAAUGUGAGAGGCCUGAGAGGUCAGUGUUGGAACAGUGACAUCAACAACUAAUUCUGAGGCAGAAACAAAAUAUGAAGAUAUUAUUAAGGAGAAAAUAAGCAAUCUUAGUGAAGUUAUGGAUAAUGUGCCAGGGGAACAUUUUGACCUUCCUUGAGAAGGAUGUUUGAUGCCAAUUUGUUUUAACCUUUCAGUUAACAGAUGGCAUCUCUGACAGUACGGCUCAUCCUCAAGCUUUACAAUGGGAGCCCAGAUAUUGUGUUUACAUCUCUGGAGUACAACUUGAACCAUCUGACCUCUGGGCAAGUUACUAAUAACUCAACAAAAUGGAAAUAUUUGCUCAAAUACAAACUUUUCAAAUUUCUUUUGACCUAUUCUGGGAUUUCAGGCCCUUCAUUCAGCUUCACCUGAGCAUAUCAGGGAAUUUCGAACUAGCUUGGCUCACCAUUACAAAAUCAUUCUAAUAUGUAUCUUGAUGUUUCUGAAGUGAAUAAAGCAAUAAAUCAAUA